AUGGAGAGCUCGAAACGAAAGAAUAAUGGCAAUCUGGGUGUGAACAAAACUAGUCAGAACAUUAGGAAAAGUAAUUAUUUACAUGAAAAGUCUUCUGAUGUUUCACUUUAUUCCAGAAGGCAUCGUCAAGAUGAUGUGAUUUACAACGUAAGCAAGGAGGAUUUCCUGGACUUUGUCCAGAUGCACACCGGAUUGCAAUCUCAUGAUCAUCCACAAUGGCAAAACACGCUGUUAAAUGAGAUGAAACCUCCACAAAUUCUCCAUGUCCAGAAGCCACCAAUGCUGGAAACCCCUCUCCCAGUUCCUUACAAUAAUAAUGUUGCAUUUCAAAGACCUCCUUCAUUCAUACAAACAUCAUCAAGUCUUUUGCAGCCAAUAGUUCUAAGAAACACCAUGGGGGGUGAUCUAGUUGAGUCAUCAACAUCUGCCAACAAAAGAUGCUUUAAGAAUUCAACGACAAAUAUUGGUUCAUGGGGCAUCCAAGCUCAACCUUAUUCACAACCUUACCCUCCUCAACCACAUGCAGUGUUCAAUGAGCAAUUUCAUCCUCCACCUUCAUCAUCUAUAUCCAUGAAUUCCUGGGCGUCUAUGCUACAUUCUUCCACAUCAGAUGGCCUUAAUUUACCUAUGGAUGUUUAUACUAAUCCACAGAUGUCCACCGUGGGAGGUGAUCUAGUUGAGUCAUCAACAUCUGCCAACAAAAGAUACUUUAAGAAUUCAACGACAGAUAUUGGUUCAUGGGGCAUCCAAGCUCAACCUUAUUCACAACCUUACCCUCCUCAACCACAUGCAUUGUUCAAUGAGCAAUUUCAUCCUCCACCUUCUUCUUGGGCGUCUAUGGUACAUUCUUCAACAUCAGAUGGCUUUACUUUACCUAUGAAUGUUUCUACUAAUCCACAGAUGUCCACCAUGAAUGAUAAUAUUGAUCCACACGUUCCUACCAUGAAUAAUGUUUCUACUCAUUCAGAUGUGCAUAACAUGUAUGUUGCAACAAAUUCACAUGUGUCCCUUGUUGGUGUUAGUGUUGCAGCUACUCAUCCAAAUGUGGCUAGUGUUGCUACUAAUCCUCAUAUGUCUGCUAUGAGUGUUGCCACCACUCAUCCACCCGGGCCUAAUAUGAGUAUUGUAGCUCAUCCACAUGUGCCUUCUCCAACAUCUGAAUUCCUUUUUCCUUCUUCACCAUCUACUUACAUGAACAUCCAGUCCCCUCAGACCUAUUAUCCUCCACAGUCACCAGGAAUGCAAUUUCCAUCUUUUUUCUUAGAUUUCUCUUUAUCUCCAGAUUCACAAUCAUGGAUUCCCGAGCCUCUGCUUUCUCCAGGACAAUUUCCACCCUCACCUUCAGGAUUUCCUUCCAUUGCAAGUCCUAGAAGGGAAGACAUAUAA